GGAGGUGCUCAGGCUGUACAGUGGGAGUGGCCUGGGCAAAGUGGAAUUAUCAACAGCUCACUGCCUGACACUAUGCGCAAAUUAUUAAGAGAUUAACUCUUAACGCGACUUUACAUGUUUGGGGAAAGAAUGAAUAACACCUUCAGCUCCUUCGUUAGGAUUGAGAGCAAAAUAUGAAGAUGGAUCUUUGAAGAACGGGACAUUUUUUCUGUUAUAGAGGAGGAGAAGCGUUGGAGGCAUCAGGUCGGACUUACAUAUGGAACUCGCCCUUGACUUUCCCUGCCGAUGUACUCGCUGCGGUGAGCGCAUCUUAAAGAUGCAGGGCAACUGGAAGACGACGAAGGUGCUUGGAAUGCUGAUGCUGGCCAACUUCCUCAUCUACAUGUUGGUGGCAGUGUCCCGGACCUACAGUCAGAAUAACCACAAGCACCGAAAAGCAAUAUCCAAAGGCUUCUGGAAAAAGCCAGAGGCCAUGACACCAAUCUGGAACCAGGAGCAGCAACGUCUGGAUGAUGUUUACUUCCUGCCCGUUGCCAAUGGCAGCGAGUCCUUCCACGGCUUUCUGAGAAUCCCUCAUUGGCUGAAUACGAGUCACAUGUCUUCCUGCCAGCGAGAUGACAAAGUGAUGACACAGAUAAAAAACUUUAGUUCACUUCCACAGCGCUUUAAAGACUUCCUGCUGUACAGGGACUGUAGGUCAUUCCCUCUGAUAAAGGAUGCACCCAGUGUGUGUUCGAAACCACCCUUCCUCUUACUCGCGAUAAAGUCCAUCGCACCUCAUUUCGAUCGACGGCAGGCCAUCAGAGAGUCGUGGGGUCGUGCCGGUCUCCUUGACGACCAUCGCAUCGCCACUGUGUUCCUCCUUGGCGACACUGCUGCGACGGACCACUUUCCAGAUUUGUCAAAUAUGGUCAAGCAUGAGGCCAUGUUGCACGGGGACGUGUUGCAGUGGGAUUAUCGCGACUCAUUCUUCAAUCUCACAUUGAAAGAAGUUCUUUUUCUGGAAUGGUUUGCCACCAAUUGCUCCUCCGCCCAGUACGUUUUCAAAGGUGACGAUGAUGUUUUUGUAAACACACACCACAUACUGGAAUAUCUACGCAAUUUAACGGCGGCCAGCUCACGAGACCUCUUCAUUGGAGAUGUGAUCUCCAAUGCUGGACCUCAUCGGGACAAAAAACUCAAGUAUUAUAUCCCAGAGAGUGUCUUUGUGGGGGAUUACCCUCCCUAUGCGGGUGGUGGAGGUUACCUGUACUCAGGUAAUUUAGGGAUGCGACUGAGAACUAUCUCACGAUUGGUUACUCUGUACCCAAUUGAUGACGUGUACACUGGGAUGAGUUUGAGGAGACUGGGUUUAGCGCCACAGAAACACACUGGCUUUAAGACUUUUGGCAUUGAGGAGAAAUACAAAGACAACGUUUGUGCUUAUAAAAACUUGAUGCUGGUGCACCCCAGGAGCCCACAGGAGAUGAUUAAGAUUUGGUUUGGAAUAAAUGACCCCGAAACACACUCGGCAGGAGCUAAAGAGCGAUACGCAUUCUUUGCCCUCCGGAGCUGCCACCAAGUUCUACGCGGUGAAAGCGGUGAGUUGUUCUCCCCCGACUACCUGUGCGCCAACCCCCCCGUCUGGUGCAACUGGACCAUCCAGGUGCAUCCUGGGAAGCGUGUGGAGUUGUAUCUGGAGGACUUUACCCCCUCGGAGGCUUGUCACAUGAAGAGUGAUCAGAUCCACCUUGAUGAGUCUCCUGCUGCUGCCGGUGGGCAGAGAAUACUGGAAAGGUGUUGGAGAAAGGCACAGUACAUGUCGGUGUCCAACACCGUUCAGGUGGUGCUCCUUAUUGGUGGGAACCGUCCCACCCCAUACAGGGGGUUUUAUGGACGUUUCAAAGCUUUUGGACCUUUGGAUUCUAUUGACCCCCUGUAUGAAGAAGUGCCCUUAGAUGUGAUAGAGGAAGCAUUAGGUGGUGGCGAACGGGAAACUGAUGCAGUUACAAAUGCUCCAUCAGCUGUGGGAGGCAUCACGGCAGAUAUAAAACUGUCAGACGUGAAUGCCCAAACCACUUCUCAUGGUCUGACCAAGCCUAUUAUAUUCACUCAGUUUGAGUCCACAUCAGUGGCCAAUGGACUUGUCUUUAAGAAUAGGCAACCGUGGGAAAAGAGUUCUGGGGACGUCCAAGAAGUAUCUGCUAGUUCUACAAAUUCAACUCUCACCUCUGGUUACCCCAGUGAUGUUGAAUUUCUCGAAGAUACGCAUUAUGAUUAUAGUUCCAUUCCAAUUCCGAGAGAACAGCAGACGCCAGCAGGUGGAUCAGCCCAAAUUCGUUCAAAAUACCAGCCUGCCUACAGACACAUCACGGACAUGUACCUCAGGCCAAGGGUCGAGAUCGAAGCCACUAAACCAGACGCUCGGUCACCAACAGCUAUGCGCAGGAAUGUGGAUGCGCACUCCCGUUCUUCAGAAAAAGCUCAGAACCAACAGACCAUUACAAAUGCCACCCAAAAUAAUCAUUUACCUGGGGAGCUCUUGUUUGAGGUAGCUGUGGAGGUCAGUCUGGAUUCUGAGCACCUUGAAAAAUCAUCUUCCCUCCGAAACCCUCUAGAGAUCAUGAUAAAAGAAGAGCUUGGGCAUCUCGUCAUAAAAAGUCUAGAUUUAAAAAGAUUCAAAAAGUUGAGUUCGGGGGUUUUGUUCAUCAUGUGGGCACAGUUUCAGAAAACUGCUGCAGGACAAUACAUGUACGCAGAUCUUCAGUCCAGUAUGCAGAAGCUAAUAGGCAAGAUUAUCAAAUCCCAAACCAGCGGAAUACAGGGCACCAUAGCCUCUGUGUCAACGGAAGACAUCAAUGAGUGUGAUACACACAUGAUGAUGUGUGUUGCACACGCGGAGUGUGUGAAUCAGUUCGGAUCAUAUUCCUGUCACUGUCUCCUUGGUUACCAUGAGGCUCGUAAGGGGCCAGCUGGGAUGGUUUGCGUGGAGUCUGCUGUUUCAGACUGUAGCUUUACAUCAUCUCCCAGGGUCCUCAAGGGCAUUUACGCCAUCUGCAGUCUGCUCAUUUUGCUCAUCUUGUUGUUAGUGGUAGUGGUCACAUUUCUGUACCGUCGGUACUACAGAGGGAUCUUCAUGCCACGCUGCCAGAAAACAAGCAUAUGCAGCAGUGUGGAAACGCCUGCCAAUGAUGAAGACAAUAACAACACCGAGAAUGACGGCUGUGGUGGUGCUGACCCUCCUAGACUCCCACCUCCACCCCCACAAAUGAGACUUUCCAAAGAUGGCCUCUGUUCUCUGGAUCUACCAUUGUUACGGUUUAGCCCUCUUGCGCCUCCUGGUGGCUUCCGGAAUAAAAUACACGCAGAGAAACAUGAGUUUUGAAAGAUACACACUAACGUUUGUCUGAGCUCAUCAUUAGAGUUGCACUUAAAUUCAUGAUAUGUGUGUGACUGGUCUAGGGUUGUAUUGGUUUUCCAUUUCCAUUGUUGUUUUAUGCCUUAGCAUGUUUAAUCUGCUUUAGCAUGUUUCAUCUGAAAUAUUUUGGUGAGAGUUGGCUGCCUGUAGAAAUUGGGCUUAUUUUUGUUUUGUCUAUUCAUUCCUGACUGGUCACAUAAUUAUGACUCAAAAAAUUGAUAAAGAGUUUUCGGUAUGUUGUGAUUUUAUGUAAUGUUUUUUAUAAUAGACAGUGAGUGUUAAGAAAUAUAUUUCUCAAAUGAUGAAUUAACAAGGAAAUUUCAAAUUUUACAAAUACAGAAAUAUACACUUGCUGCAGGUCAACACACGCUUUUAGUUUGCGCUGCCUUGUAAAGUCGAACACGGUUGAAGUGUGUAGGCUGUGAACGCAUUUUAUUUUAGGCCAUCAGAAAAACACCAGGGCCCGUAUUCAUCUAUAAUCUUAUAGCAAAGAGUUGCUCCUAGUGACAAAAUUCUAAGAAAAUUAUUAGAAAUAUGCGCGUUUCGCUUAAAAUUACAAAGAUCCUAGUAAAGAAAAAAGUAAUUCAUAAAAGAUCUUAAGCUCUUGCGAGGAGCACUUUUAACUAACUUAAGAGUUUCUUUAGCAGCAGAGAAAAUGGACGAAACAUGAAAAGUGAGAAGAACUCUGUUGCAUUGCAUGACAAUUUCCUAAUUACUUUUAAGGUUUAUUAGAUAGUGUGUGUAUGUGUGUGUUCUUCUAUAGCUGCUUUGAUGCAAUGCAAAUUGUAAACUCAAUAUAACAUUAAAUUACAUUGGAUGACCGUGAGUUAAAAAGGCACAACACAUAAGGUCGUGCAGGGUUCAUGUUAGUUACUGAUCCUAUUACAGACACGCUGAUAUAUCCAAGACAGCGCAGAAAUGCCAUAGCGCCAGAAUUAGAAGAAAUCACCACAUUAACGUAUUAAGCAAUUUGAGAGAUGCUGCAGAGAUGAUUUGGUACUGUUACAACCUUCCAUGGGGAUCACACAAACAAUUUUACAUUGACACAUUUAGCAGACUUACAGAAACGUUUUGGUCACUAUGCAUUUUCUAUCAAAUACGUUGACGUAUCAGCAUGGUAAAUUAAAAAUAAAGAAUAUAUGUGUAUGUGUAAAAAUAACAUGUUUAAUUUCAAACUAAUGACCCUACACUUAAAAGCGCAAAUGUUUCCUUCUUGGCCAACCAACCAAUCAUAGCCUUCAAAAGACGUAGCAAUGGGGUCAGCUCCGCCUCCUCACUAAAAUAAAAUGUGAUGUCUUUUCCUUGCUCAAAUUUGCUCUCAGAUUGGUCCUGAAUCACUUUUAAGCUAAGACUCGUACUCAGAAGUUUUUAAUCUGAAUGAAGAGCUUUCUUAGAGGAUUCUUAAAAGCUUUAAAAAUACGGGCAUAGAUUUCUAAGAAAAAUUGACGCAAGCUGUAGGUUUGUGCGUUGAUUUGAACGAAAACUAAAGAUCUGAGUCUGAUCGAUAAAAGUGCAAUCAUAAAACAGUAAUUCUUCCAACUCAAAGUGGUGCUCUGCGUUGGCGUCGUCGUAUUACUAAUGUCACUACUUGUGCGCACGCGCAGUUAGCUCAAUCGCUUCCGGGGAAGAGGCUGCUAAGGAUGUUUGGGUUUAUCUGGCAGUGUUUCUACUCCUCGUGUCUGCGCUUCUGGAUGAAAUGGCUCCUGCGGUUGGUGACAGGAACGUGCGAGCUGCAGCGGAUUUGUUUACAAUGCAAAGCCGGAGCGCUCAGGACAUCAC